AGCUGAUUCCUGUUUGCCAAGGCAAAUUAUCGGAAAUCUAAAAAGUUUAUUUUUUGUAAAAAGUUAAAUUGUUUCCUUAACUAUAUUAAUUAAUUUAUGUUACUGCCAUUUAUUUUAAAGAUAAUAAACAUCACACACAAUGGCAGUAACCAUAUGUAUUUCUGAUUAUUUUAAUCAAAAAGAAUAUUUUAACUUUAAUGAAGAUCAAGUAAUAAAACUGCAAGAGAAACCCUCACGAAAUAAACUAUCAAAACAUCAACUUAGAACUGAAGCAAAUGGACAAGAUGUAUAUUUCUUCAUUCGUGAAAUACUCAAUUUUACUAGUUAUAGACAAAUAUUUUAUAAGGAUAAUGCAAAAGAUGGAAUAUUCCUGCUAAUUCAGAUUGUCCGACCGGAAAAGGAAGCAAUCGAUUACAAAUGGAACGUAAUGACUUCUUAUACAAUAUGGGAAAAAAUUGAAGUUGAUUAUUUGAUGUCAUGGCUAUCAACAUUGGGUGGAGGAUUCUCAGCACUUGGUGAACAAUUUUCAACAUGUGCUGAAACAGCUGGUAAAAUAUCACUCCGCCAAUUACAACUUGGAUUACGUUUAGGUGAUCCAUUUCUUCAAGCUCGAUGUAAACUAUAUUAUAGCAUAUCAUUAAUACAAACCGGCCAGUUACGUUAUGCUAAAUAUAUUAUCCGAGAGCAGUACAAAUUUGCCCGACAACACAAAGCAACCGAUAGUCGUUUGGUAAAAAUGUGUUUUGGCAUUUGGCAUCGACUUGAGUAUGAAUACAUGUUGAAGCAAAAAAGAAAACAAGCUGGCAUGGAAAGAAAACAUCCCCUUGUUAAACCAACACAUUAGGAUGGUUCUAUUUUUUCUUCUUUCUAAAAGGGAACAAAAAAAAAAAAAAAACUUCAUAAAAUGAAUCGAACUCAAAACAGUCCUCUCAUUAAUUGUGAUCCAAAGUAAAAAAACAAAAAAAAGUUUAAAAAUUAAUUCAAUAAAUUUUUAUUCUUUCUAUCAACAUAAGUGUAUAAAAUAUUUGUUUUUUUUUUUCUGUUUUUGUAUUUCUUUUUUAUAAAUAGCAUAUUUUUUCAUCCAUAAAAAAAGAAAUGGCAUUCAAUUGAAUUUAGUAUGCGAAAUGCAGUUUUUUUUUCUUCUUCUUUU